AUGGUGCAUCCGCGUGUGGACUUCUCCGUCGUCGACGAGGGCCUGAACCCGACGAGUCACGGCAAGAAGUUCCAGAACGGCGCGCUCGUCGACGCGUACUCGAUGGCCAACCACGUCGUGGAGAUCUUCGAGUUCGUGCUCACGGGGAUUUUCACGCUCGAGUGCGUCCUGAAACUCGUCGCGCUCGGGGUCAAGGGCAAGGGCUCGUACUGGAAGGACUCGUGGAAUGUCGUCGACUUCUUCAUGCUCUUCGCAAGUUUUGUCGCGGAGAUUCCAGGCAUGCCCAACAUCUCCGAGUUCCGCGCCGUUCGAGUGCUGCGGCCACUGCGGUCCCUGUCGGCCUUCCCAGGCAUGCGGCGCCUCAUCACCGCUCUGCUCAACGCCAUCCCGGCCCUGCAGAGCGUCGUGGCGCUGCAGAUGUUCGCGUUCCUCAUCUUUGGCAUCCUCGGCAUCCAGCUAUUCGGCGGCCGCAUGGGCCACGUGUGUCGCUUGACGGAGUUCCCGGUGCGGAUGCCAGCGACUGCGGCCAACUCGUGGCCGGUCUCGGACGCGUAUCUGGAGCGAGUGGUCGCUAACGCGUCCGCUUUCCGAUGUCUGGAGGCCCCGUUGCUCGACUUCAGCGACGCCACCUUCGACUACGGCAAAGACACUUCGCCCUGGAGGACGCCGCAAGACUGCUUCUGGCCGCUUGACUACAGUGUCCGGCAGCUAUGCGCAGAGCCCUCACACCCGGGAGGUUACCGAUGCCGUGCCGGAAGCACGUGUGGCUCCAACUACGACGCGUUCGGGAAUCCCCGAUUCCGACACAGCAAGGCCAUGCAGGAGGCCCUGCACACGGCCAAGCUCAACUGGGGCUUCACCACCUACGACCACAUCGGCCGCGCGCUGCUCACCAUCUUCCAGUCCGUCACGGAGGAAGGCUGGACGCUCAUCAUGUACAUGACGAUGGACGCGUCGCACCCGGUGGUCGGUGCGUGCUUCGCCAUCGCUCUCAUUAUCUUCGCGUCACACUUUGUCAUGAACUUGACGAUCGCCGUCAUCAGCGAGGAGUUCAAGGCCGACAAACCAGAAAGAAGGAGGCCAGCCAGAAGGAAGUCCUCUUUGACAAUAUAUUUUUCCGAUGUCACCAUGGUCUUUGUCUUCGCCAAUACGGUAAUGCUGUCAUUGGACCACUACCCAAUGGCUCGAUCGAUGGAAUCCAACCUCGAGCUGGCGCACUUUGUCUUCCUAUGUGUUUUCGUGCUGGAGCUGCUACUGAAGCUCGCGGGUCUCGGCUGGAGGCAGUACUUCUACGACAGAUUCAACGUAUUCGACGCCGUAGUCGUCGUGUCGGACGUGAUCGAGGUCAUAGCGCUGCAGCAGUCGUUCUCGGCGUCUGAUGUGGGCUUUGAUGCAUCGGGGGCACGAUCAAUCUCGCUACUGCGCGCGUUCCGCCUUGUCCGAGUGUUUCGACUUGCGCGGCGCUGGAAGUCGCUGCGAGAUCUGCUGAGGAUGAUCGCUAAGGCUGUGGCGAGUAUCGGGAACUUUGGGGGGCUUCUCUUCCUGUUUCUCUACAUAUUCGCGCUGAUGGGAAUGCAGUUUUUCGCCAACACUAUGCGAUUUGAUGAACAUGGGCAGAAUGUGAACGAGUUCUGGAAUGGAACUGUUCCUCGGAGCAAUUUUGAUACGCUGCCCUGGUCGAUCGCGACGGUGUUUCAAGUCGUGACGGGCGAUAACUGGAGCGCUAUUAUGUACGACGCCGUACGCGGUAAUGGCAUGUUUGCAUCCCUGUACUUUAUCCUAUUGGUCGUUCUCGGCGACUUCGUCCUGAUGAGCUUGUUCCUAGCCCUGCUGCUCGACAACUUCGCGACUAGAAGUGAAAGCAGCGCCUCAGAAGGAGCCAACAAGAAGCCGAUGCAGCUGACUAAAAGGCGGUCCAAGAUCUCUCCGAUUGAGGCAAACAAGCAGAGAAUAAUCCGUCGCAAGGUUGUGGCCCGUACAGGAGCUUCGGAUGUUCACUGGCAAACCCCGCGCGACGACAGACUCAACACUUCAAGGGAGGAUUUAUCGUCCAUAUCGUCUCAACGUCAGCUGUCAGAGGCGCAAUUGCAACGCCAUUCACCCAACCGAGCGUCGGCCAUGCAAUUAUUUCAGCCGGAUGACGCCUUAGGCUCCUCCAGAAGCCUCGACGGGCUCCACUCGCACGAGAAGAUGGGCCCACCCACUCUACCGGAAGAAGCCUCAUCUCGUGUCUUCGGACGGAGGAGCAAGAUCCGCCAGUGGGCUGCUCAACUCUCGACCCACCCAACCUUCCACGCCGUCAUGUUUGCCUUCAUCGCCGCGUCCUCCAUUGUCCUAGCGCUGGAGAACCCUCUUCACGACCCCGAGUCGCUGCUGGCCAGAGUUCUGCUGACGCUCGACAAGGUGUUCGCGGUGGUCUUCCUCUUCGAGAUGGCCGUCAAGGUCGUGUCGCUGGGCUUGGUCCUGAACGAGGGCGCGUACUUGAGAGAUCCGUGGAAUGCCAUCGACGCGUUCGUCGCGGUCUCGUCGACCGUGGCGCUCUUUGCUCGGGUGUCGACGACCAACGGCAGUAUCAAGGCGCUGCUGUCGCUGAGAGACCUGCGCUCGCUGCGUCCGCUGCGUAUGAUCAGCCGUCGGCCGGGUCUGAAGCUGGUCGUGAGCGCGCUGGUCGAGUCGAUCCCGGCGGUGCUGAACGUGGUCUUCCUGUCCAUGAUCCUGUUCCUGCUCUUCAGCAUCGCCGCCGUCAACUUCCUCAAGGGCACGUUCCGCGCGUGCAGCGGGGACGUGUUCAACGCGCUGUCGGCCGAGCAGAAGGCGCUUCUGGUGUCGCCCGCGCCUUGGGACGCGCUGUCGGACGUCCAACGCAGCUGGUUCAGCGGCUCCGUGUGCGAAGGCUUCCGGACCGAAGACCUGACGUCGCAGUACGUGUGCGAGUGCUGGGGGGCGACGUGGAAGCCCGUGCUGUCCAAGAACUUCGACAACGUGGGGUCGGCCAUGCUGACGUUCUUCAUCCUGUCGACCUCCGAGAACUGGUCGGAGAUCAUGAAGGCCGCGUGCGACGCCACGCGCCCCGGCAUGCAGCCAAUUGCCAACAAUAAUGAGCUGUGGAUCGUCUUCUUCAUCGUGUUCAUGGUCGUGGGCAGCUUCUUCGUCAUGAACGUCUUCGUGGGGGUCAUCAUCGACAACUUCAACACGAUGAAGGCCAAGCUGGGCGGGGACUUCCUGCUCACGCCCGAGCAGAAGAAGUGGAUGGAGGCGCAGAAGUCGGCCACGCGCAUCGGGCCGAUCCGCAUCCUCAAACCGCCGCCGCUGAGCGUGCGCCGCCUGUGCUUCACGGUCGUGCGCACGCACUACUUCGAGGGGUUCAUCAUGAGCUGCAUCCUGGUCAACACGCUGCUCAUGGGGGCCCACCACUUCGGCGAGUCGACGUCGCAGCUGCGGGCCACGACCGUCGUGAGCGACCUGAGUACGAGCGUGUUCGCGGCCGAGGCGGCCAUGAAGCUGCUGGCGUACGGCAGCGCGUACUUCGAGGACCGGUGGAACCAGUUCGACUUUGUCGUGGUGGUUGGGACGCUCGUGGGCACCAUCGUGCAGGCGAUCGCGUCAAGCUCCGUGUGGUCGCUCACGAUGGUGGUGCGGCUCAUCCGCGUGGCGCGCAUCUUCCGGCUGGUGGAGUCUUCGAGCAGCAUCCGCGCGAUCCUGUCGACGCUGUACAUUUCGCUGCCGGGGCUCAGCAACAUCACGUCCAUCCUGUUCCUGAUCCUGUUCGUGUACUCGACCAUGGGCGUGCAUCUGUUCGCCAAGGUGGCCAUGACGAGCAACAUCGACGCGCACGCCAACUUCCAGAGCUUCGGGCGGGGCUUCCUCUUCCUGCUGCGCGCCGCGACGGGCGAGUCGUGGGACCACAGCAUGUACGACCUGGCGGCCAGCAGUCCGGGCUGCGUGAGCGACCCGCCGUACGACCCGCGCAUGUGCGGCUUCAGCGACGCCGAGGACUGCGUGCCGCUGAGCGGCUGCGGGAACCCCGUGGCGUACAUUUUCUUCUGCUCGUUCACACUGAUCGUGGCGUACGUGAUGCUGAACCUGACGGUGGCGGUGGUGCUCGAGAGCUUCGCGACGUCGCAGGAAGAGGAGGAGGAGUCGAUCCUCGUGCCCGAGCUGCUGGAGGGUUUCCAGUACAAGUGGGCGGCGCUGGACCCGACGGCCACGGGCUUCAUCCGGGUGGACAAGAUGCUGCCGCUGGUGCACGCGGUCAUGCCGCCGCUGGGGUGGUUCGGCAUCCCAAUGACGAUGUCCCAUUUCUUCCGAUACAUGCGUGCGCUGCAGUUGCCUCUGUAUGAAGGUGAGGUGGUGCAUUUCCGCGAUGUGAUACUAGCCAUGACGAGGGAAAUGAUCAAUGUGAUAAACAACUGGACUCUGGAUGAGGAGCCACUUAGCGAUAUCAACAAGAAGAGAGUUGGGGGAGCGUCGAGUCGCCGAUUCACGGGGUUCUACGGCCACGAGUACUUUGCCGCCAUCUACCUGCAGCGUCGCGUGUCGAACUGGCUGGCGAGACAGCGACAGCCAAAAACGAAGGAGUCGGCCCGAAAGCUGAAAAGGUCAACGAAGCGAUUAAGAAAACUCAAAAAGAAGCACAGCGGGAACCUGGUGCUCGCUGCGUUCGUUCAUGACGAACGUGUUCGUGUUGAAGGAUAG